AUGCCCGUUAACCGGAAUGAGCGCAUACCUGGGAAUGACCUUUUGUUGGUAAUUCAGGCAAAGCGAGCCAGGCGUCCAGUGCGCCUCUCGGAAGAAUCACCUCAAGCGUUGUUCCAGCUCUCUCCCAAAGAGCGGCAGCAGGGAACUUCAGAGCUGAGCAGAAGCGUCCAGCAGCGGGAGAAGCCCUUAGUUAACUUGGAGACUACAGCCCACCAGAAAAGAGCAGAGUCGAGUUCAACCCCAAAGCCUGAGAGUGCAGGGAAAUUAACAAAGCAAGUCACUGAGGGCAAACCAAGACCCAGACCCGGAGACCUGAUUGAGAUUUUUCGAAUCGGCUAUGAGCACUGGGCCAUCUAUGUGGAAGAUGACUGCGUGGUGCAUCUGGCUGCCCCGAGUGAGGAAUUUGAGGCGGGCAGCAUCACUUCCGUCUUCAGCAACCGCGCAGUUGUGAAGUACAGCUGCCUGGAAGACGUGCUGCAUGGCUGCUCCUGGAAGAUCAACAACAAGCUGGAUGGGACGUACCUGCCCCUGCCCGUGGACCAGAUCAUCCAGCGUACAAAAAAGAUGAUCAACAAGAUAGUGCAGUACAGCCUGAUCGAAAGGAACUGUGAGCACUUUGUCAAUGACCUCAGAUACGGUGUGCCCCGGAGCCAGCAGGUAGAGCACGCCCUGAUAAAAGGGGCAAAGGCUGCGGGAGUGGUCAUCUCAGCGGUUGUGGAGAGCAUAAGGCCCAAGCCCGUAACUGCCUGA